AUGGCUGAGAUUACACAUGAAACAAUUAAAGGUACUUUGCUCCCUGCCCCACCCACUCCCUCGUCGACACCAACCCCAGUCCGCUGCCUCCUGGCCAUGGCCAAUCUGACUGGCGUGUUGUCUGGCCGCAUUGUCUCGUCCGUCAAGUCUCUGCGAGGACAGCCAGCACUCUCAUUGCUCAUCGAGCUACUGCCCUAUCCUAGUCCCGCGGUAUUGCAUGGCUGGUUCCGGGAGAUCUCGAACAUGUGGCCUGGCCAGGCUAUGACCCUCAAGGUCAAGAAGGUCCUUCACCACGAGAAGAGCAAGUACCAAGAUGUCUUGAUCUUCGAGUCGACCGACUAUGGCACUGUCCUUGUCCUCGACAACGUCAUCCAGGCCACUGAGCGGGAUGAGUUUUCCUACCAGGAGAUGAUCACCCACCUCGCCAUGAACUCGCACCCCAACCCCAAGAAGGUCCUGGUCAUCGGCGGUGGUGACGGCGGUGUCCUCCGUGAGAUCGUCAAGCACGAGUGCAUCGAGGAGGCUGUCCUCUGCGACAUUGACGAGGCUGUCAUCCGUCUGUCCAAGCAGUACCUCCCCGGCAUGUCCGCCGGCUUCAACCACCCCAAGGUCAAGGUCCACGUCGGCGACGGUUUCAAGUUCCUCGACGACUACAAGAACACCUUUGACGUCAUCAUCACCGACUCGUCCGACCCCGAGGGUCCGGCCGAGAGCCUGUUCCAGAAGCCCUACUUCAAGCUUCUCCACGACGCCCUCACUGAGAAGGGCGUUAUCACUACUCAAGGUUCCGAGAACCAAUGGCUCCACCUGCCUCUGAUCACCAAGCUCAAGAAGGACUGCAAGGAGAUCUUCCCCGUCGCCGAGUACGCCUACACCACCAUCCCCACCUACCCCUCGGGCCAGAUCGGCUUCAUGGUCUGCUGCAAGGACCCCAGCGUCAACGUCAAGGUCCCCCUGCGGUCCUGGACCCCCGAGGAGGAGAUGAAGCUCAACCGCUACUACAACUCCGAGAUCCACAAGGCCAGCUUCAUCCUGCCCAACUUUGCCGCCAAGGCUCUGCAGUAA